CAGAAAUGCGACACCCAUAGGGUUUUUGAUAGUGUUAGCAUCAAAGGGGCAGGCUACACUCAGGAAUGCAGUGAAGGUUCUACAGCAUUUGUGUUCAGCACAUUAUUUGCUUGUGAUCUGUUAAUUACUCACUAACAUUUGACAAUUUAUCAUGUUAAUGGUAAUAUUUAGUUGAUGCAUUCAGGUACUAUAACCACUACUGUAUGUAUGAGGUCCUACAGCUAGACCACUUGUUACUUCCUGGACUGAGUCACUGCUCAACUUGAUUAGAAAAGCCAUACCUGACAAGCGAGGGAGGGGCGCUCCAUGUUGAACCAACACUUUCUCACCAUACACAUGUCUACUGGAAGACCAGUAAUUGUUAUAAGUCUCUGAAGGAGAGUGGUUAUCUGACAUGAGAAAGAAAGAUUCAACUAUGCAAGUCCUGCACAAAGAGGAGGGGAUGCGGAGUGAAACAUUAAUAUGGCCUUUUCUUAUUCAUUGCAUUUGGCUUGGAGUGAUGGGAGUUGAAGCCUCGUCAUGGACUGCUGAGGUGCCCAGCUCAGUAUCCGGCCUGCAGGGCUCAUGCAUAGUGAUACCCUGCUCAUUCAACUACCCAGAACCAGAGAAGAAGCCCUCCAAAUUCACUGGCAUCUGGUUCAAAGGCACCCAUGAUACUAUAUACCACCCAGACAGCUCCAACAUCAUCAAAGACUACAGGGGUCGUACAGAGCUGGUGGGAGACCUCCGGCAGAAGAACUGCUCUCUCAGAAUCGACCCCCUCCAUCGCAGUGACAAAGGACCUUUUCAUUUCAGGGUUGAAAUUAAAGACCAAAACAAGUAUUCCUACAUGCAUGACACGGUCUCCAUUGCAGUGAGCAGCUCUCCAGACCCCCCCUCUCUGUCAGUGAGGGAGGAGGUGAAGUUGGGGGUGGAGCUGUCUGCCUCCUGCUCUGUGUCUCACUCCUGUCCAUCUGAUUCCCCUCUCCUCACCUGGAGCCACUCCGGAACACCCAGUGUCCAAUCACAGCAGCUGACCAACGGCCAGUGGAAAGUGACAUCAUCCCUGACCUUUACCCCCAGCAUCACUGAUCACAACCAGUCUCUGGUCUGCACAGCAGAACACAGGGGAGUGAAGCCAGUGAAAAUGUCCAAAACUCUCAAUGUCAAAUAUGCCCCAGUGGAUGUGAAGAUUGAGGGAGUGUCCAGUGUGAAGGAGGGAGACUCUGUGGAGCUGAGAUGCUUCAGUGACAGUAACCCUGCUGCCCACAGUUACCGCUGGCACAACAGCAGAGGACCUCUGCCAACCACUGGACCUACCAUCACACUGGAGAAUGUGACCAGACUCACUGAAGCCCUCUACUGCACUGCCAUCAACACAGAGGGACAAGGCCACUCCAGCUCACUGAAGCUCAAUGUAGAGUACCCCCCUGAGAUCAAAGUGGGCUCCGCCUGCACUUCAGACGUCUCCACGGUAACCUGUCUGUGCAUUGUGGACUCGGAGCCCCCCGGCACCGUGGAGUGGUCUCUUCCAGAUGGACCCCUGCCCACCUUGCCCAGUACCAGAGUGGAGAGGCAUGGGUCAAUUACUAUGGUGACCCUACAGAGGGCACUAGGCUUCUCCGAGACCGUCCACUGCCAUGCCAGCAACACACAGGGCAAUGCCACCUUGUCCUUCACUGUGUCCACAAAUGAUAAGAAGUUGAUGCUGUACGUUUCAAUUGGUAUUGCUGCAUUAGUGGUGGUAGUAAUACUAAUUUCCAUGUCAGCUUGCCUAUUGAACAAGAAGGGUAGGAGGAGUCGUAGUGACCAGCCAGUAACCAGCAAGCAGGACGUGGACACAGCCAAGGGUGCUUUUUCACAUCCCUCACCAUCAAGGAAAGAGCAGAAAGACACCAGCAGUGAAAUCCACACAAACUAUUACACCAACGAUCAGCUAUAUGGAAACAUGGAGGCUGAAGAGGAUGGCGACCCAUACGAGUGUGUUGAUGGAGACGAUGCAGUCUAUGCUAAUGUAUGAACACAACAGGAAGCAUGUGGAAGUCAGCUGGCCCAGAGGCAGUGGUACUCAGUCUGUCAAAGGUUCCAGUAAAAUAUUAACAUUUUAAGUCAAUGUAGCAGAACAGCUGACUGCUUAUAUUUGUUAGCUUUAUGUUGCUCCAUGGUUCUAAAGGCUAAAGAAAAUGGCACAAUCUUAUUUGGGUUGUGGGUUUGUGUUAUGGCUUUUACAAGUAUUUUUUUUAAAUUAUCUAUGGCUUA